UAUCGUUCUUCUGACCACUCCCAAACAUUAACACCACUAUUGAGAUGAUAAGUUAAUCGUCCUAAAAUAUUCUAAUAGUGAUGACAUCAUCUGCAAAAGCAUUACAACCUUCGUCAUGUUUCUUGAGGCACGGUCACAAUCCGAUCGCAAACAGGACAACCCUUUUGAGUUUCGGGUUCCGUUCCCGACAUGAUCAGAUUCGUUGUGAGAGUUUACGUUCCUCGUCGGAAAGUCAUGUUACAAAAAGAGGUGAGGCGGUGGUGACGGCGGCGAAGAAGAGACAUCAAUCACCGGAACGAUGCGCGGCGGAGGGGAUACUGAUCGGAGGAGGAGAGAUGGAGGUGGUAAAGGAGGUGGGGACGUUGAUACCGGAGAGGAUGAAAGUAGUGAUGUUGACGGCGUGCAUGAUGUGUCUUUGUAACGCCGACAGAGUUGUGAUGUCUGUAGCGGUGGUUCCACUCGCCGAGAAACUUGGCUGGUCGAGUUCUUUUCUAGGGGUAGUUCAGUCCUCCUUUUUAUGGGGUUACAUAUUUUCAUCGGUUAUUGGAGGAGCAUUGGUGGAUCGUUAUGGAGGAAAAAGAGUAUUGUCUUGGGGAGUCGCAUUGUGGUCUUUUGCCACUCUACUCACUCCAUGGGCAGCUGCACACUCGACCUUAGCCUUAUUGUGUGUCCGAGCCUUCUUUGGUCUCGCUGAAGGUGUUGCAAUGCCCUCCAUGACUACUCUUCUCUCUCGGUGGUUCCCUAUGGAUGAACGAGCAAGUGCGGUUGGUAUAUCAAUGGCAGGGUUUCACAUGGGAAAUGUCGUGGGACUUUUGUUAACUCCGCUCAUGUUAUCUUCUAUUGGAAUCUCUGGUCCUUUCAUUCUUUUUGCGUCCUUAGGUCUAUUGUGGGUGUCAACUUGGGCAAGCAACGUUACAAACAACCCACAUGACAGUCCUUUCAUCACUAGGUCAGAGCUGAGGCAAAUCCAGGCUGGAAAACCGGUUCAUACACCAACCAGUUCAACCAAGCCUAACCCAUCUUUGCGUCUUCUUUUGUCAAAGUUGCCUACUUGGGCCAUAAUUUUCGCUAACGUGACUAACAACUGGGGAUACUUUGUUCUUCUUUCAUGGAUGCCUGUUUACUUCCAAACAGUGUUUAACGUGAACUUGAAGCAAGCAGCUUGGUUCAGCGCUCUUCCAUGGGGGACAAUGGCGGUCUCAGGUUACUUUGCUGGCUCAGCAUCAGACUUCUUGAUCAGAACUGGUCACUCUGUGACCUCUGUCCGAAAGAUCAUGCAGUCUAUUGGAUUUAUGGGUCCGGGGUUGUCUCUGCUCUGCCUCAACUACGCAAAAUCACCUUCUUGCGCAGCCAUUUUUAUGACCAUUGCAUUGAGCUUGAGUUCCUUUAGCCAAGCUGGGUUUCUCCUCAACAUGCAAGACAUUGCACCAGAAUAUGCUGGUUUCCUGCACGGUAUUUCAAAUUGUGCGGGUACAUUGGCUGCGAUCGUAAGUACAAUAGGGACGGGCUAUUUCGUGCAGUGGCUUGGCUCUUUCCAGGCGUUCUUGACGGUAACGGCGUUUCUUUACUUUGCAACCACCGUGUUCUGGAUCCUCUUUGCCACCGGAGAACGAGUCUUUUAGAUCCAAAAGGUUUUCUUUUUAAACUUAUAGGGCAAUAUGAUACAAGAAAAGAAAAGAAAAACUUUUUAAACUUAUAGGGCAAUAUGAUACAAGAAAAGAAAAGAAAAACUUUUUAAACUUAUAGGGCAAUA